AACAGAGGUGAUAAGUUACAUAUGGUUAAAUCGGGGAGUGGGUGAUUAGUUAUGUCACUGAGUGUGUGCUCCUCAGUAGGCAUAGUGUGGUCGCUUGAGGGUAACAAGAUAACAACAACAGACAUUAUCAGUGUCACCGAUAUCUAUGUAAACGAACUGAUAGACACCAAACGCGUCUGUCAAGUAUUCUCUACCUCUCUCUUGCCAUGUUAAUGGAAGGACGCGGAAAAAAAUUUCACUUUCUGGUAUCGACAUCCGUAUCACAAUAACCAUAGCAAGCAUAAACAGACACUUGCAUGCAUACACCCACACUCUAACUUACGUCUAUGAUUUUUUUCACACACACACACACACACGCUUCCGUCUCCAUUCAUUCCUUGCCGCGGAAUCCUGUCCUGUUUAUUUAAUGGGUUGUCUUUCAUGUUUGUAGCUACACAAGUUAUGAGUGUUUGUAAGAUAGCGUUCACAAUUCCACACCUGAUCGGCCUCGGUCUAGAAUAGUCACGGAACGUAUUUUGGUCAUGACAGGAAGAACGUCAAGAUCAAAGGAACUGUACUCGAUUUCACUGAAAGCGUCUCGACAGAAAUUUUCGACUUCAGAAUUUAUGGUACACAAGAACCUCGAUUUCUAGGGCUUCCUAAAACCAAGACCAUUGAAAUUUAGGCACCUAAUGAGAUUUUAUGCUGUAAAGCGUAACAGCAACAUGAAAUGUUGAUUUUGUUUUCACCGAAGAACUGAAGCCGGGUAUACCUGUUGUGCGCCAUGUACAAGGUGACGGUGGAACCGGUGUCAUUUCUGUACAAUGUCGGGUAUAUCGUGCAACUCAGCGUCCAGCAGGACUUCAUCUUCUCUAGGUUGUGCAGAGAACACUAUUCUAAACAGGUGUGUGAAGACUGCUGGGAGCCACAGGUGGCGGCGGAGAUGCGGUGGGUGCAGGCGGCCGCUGUACGUCGCGUCAUGUGGAUGAGUGUCAUCACUGGAUUGGUGUCUGUUGUCUCCUCGCAGCUGCUGGGCGCCGCGCUAGACAAAUAUUCCCGUAAAGUGGUGAUUCUGGUGCCGUUCAUGGGAUCACUGGUGCUAAGCUUGGUGUGUGCUGUGGUGGCCGCCGUGCCAUCUCUAACGCUUAAUUUCCUCUACCUCGGUGCGGUCCUCAACGGCUUCACGGGAGGAUUUGUAGUUUUCAAGUCGUCAGUAUCGAGCUUCGUAGUGAGUGGAGUUGGGAAUGAAGAGCUCACUCGGAGGCUGGCGGUGGUGGAAGCUACGGUAUUUCUCGGCAGCGCUAUGGGACCUCUCGCUUUGGCCAUUCUCAACCAUUAUAUCACAAGCCGACACGAUUACCUCUUCCUCAGUAGCGAGGGUGUGUUCGUGGUGGCAAUACUCUACAUCAUCUUCAUCCUGCCUGACAGUACAGUAGUACCUGACGGAAAGACGACUUCUACGACCAUAAGCGUAGAAGUUCCGGUCAGCUCUCAGCGGCGACGAGUAUGGGUUCCUUCUCUGGUCCGCGACUUUGGAAGUGCCAUCUCCGUAACCUUCCGCAAGAGGGCUGCCGGCACACGUUUAGCCAUCGUCUUGCUUAUAGUGGCAGAUUUUUUCAUCGCUGUCGUCUAUGCUGCUGAGUUCGACCUGCUGUACCUGUAUAUGCAGACCAAACUGGAGUUCACGUUAGAUCAGUACUCAGACUACCUGGCCAUCAAGAACACGGUGAACGGUGUAUCGCUGCUGCUGGUGCUGCCCGGACUACGUAGAGCCUUUAACCUGAAUGACAUUACUCUGGGGUUCCUGGGCGGAGUCUCCCGGAUAUUUGCCUUCAUCGUCCUCGCCUUCAACUCCUCACACUACUGGGUCUACGUUGUACCAUUCGUGGACAUCUUCGGUCAGUACUUGUUCGUGGUGCUGAGGUCCAUCAUCUCCAGCCUCGUCAAUCACGAUGAACAAGGUCGUGCGUUGACGGUGAUGCAGUCGAUGGCUCAAGUGUCGCUGCUGUUGGGAUCGUUGAUGUUCGACAUGGUGUACCCAGUCUUCCUUGCUGCCCACCGCCCGGGCCUCACUUUCCUGGUAGCCGCCUCCUGCAUGACUAUCGCCACCACUAUCCUCGGAUAUAUUCAUUGGCACUUGAAUAAAAUGAACACUCAGGGGGAGCUACAGCCACUGCUGCAAUGAACUUCUGUACACAGAUACCCAGCCUUACCUCCAACACUUGUGACAAAUCAUUCGCGGUUCACCACAAUGUUCACCGGAGAUAUUUUGUUUUGGAUGUUGUAUUGAAAAACAUAAACGUGAAUGGUGGUUGAGGUACCUCAAUGAGAAGUAAUAACAAAAACAACUACAGGCACACUGCGAUCAAGUAUCCUGCUGGUGAUGUAAGAAAUUGGAAGAAGUGUUGAUUUACAAUAUGAAAUGGGAAGAACAUUUCGAAAAGUGAAGAGAAUAUGAAGAAUCAUGAACCUCAGUGACAAUGAACGGAGUGACAAGAACACGCACACCUACCGUAUUAUCAUCUACUUUAACGUCAGACAUUCUUGGCUUGAGCGACUCUACCAGAAAGCUGUAAGUAUAGUGUUCGUGAGCCUAGACAAAGCAACACUGGGUCACCUUCCUCUGUUUUCAUGUGCUCUCUUGCUAAGCAAAUUUGAAUCUCUGAAAUUGUAUCCAAACAAAUGAUCGUCUUCUUGUGAUACAUUGGGUGAUAUUGAAUGAAUCGUUGAGUGAAUAAAUAUGUGAAUAAUAGUUGAUUAAAAAUUACACAAAUAUAUGUAUAUAGGAUUUAUAUUUAAGAACAAAAUUAAUAUAUUAAUUCAUAAAUAAAA